GACGUCAUCGUGGAAUGGGGAGACUUCCAAGAGCAAAGGAGUGUUUACACUGACUCGAGAGAAUUUAGGUAAAAUAUAUGGAUAUAUUUUUUACGAUGACAUGAUGGCCAGCAUACAUCGUCUGUUUUUGUUUGUGUCGCAAAUAUAGGAUUUAUCUGUGUCUCGGAAAAUACAAAAAAGAAAAAGAAAAAAAAAAAAACUUCCGUGUAACCGAGAAACAUGAAAGAAACUCUGAAGCUCGAGGUGUUUGCGCUCGUGCUCUGCGUAUUUCCAUCAGAGCUGUUGUCUAUCCAGGUUACGGUUCCUCAAACAGAGAGACGCACGAUGUUGUUUGCUUCUGUCACUCUAGGAUGUGACUAUUCCACUUCUGCAAACCCACAAAAUGUUCUGGUCACAUGGCGAUACAAGUCCUUCUGUUUGGAUCCAGUGCUGGAAUAUUACUCAGCUGCAUAUCAAGCAGCUCUAGGUCUGAAGCAAGACCCAGCCAAUGACUGUCCAGACAGUAAGCGCACUGUCCGCAUAGUGAUUCAGAAAAGAGGCCUCGAUGAAGCUAUUUUGGGAUCAGAAUAUCAAAAUCGCAAAAUAUACAUACAAAACAAUGCUGACCUGGUUAUCAAUGAGGUGAUGUGGUGGGACAAUGGUAUGUAUUUCUGCUCCAUCGAUGCAGCAGGUGAUGUUGUGGGAGACUCCGAUAAAGAAAUCAGACUCAUUGUGUAUCACUGGCUGACUGUGCUGCUCAUCGUCCUCGGUGGAUUGCUCCUCCUCAUACUGAUUUGUAUCUGCUGCUGCCAGUGCUGUCCUCAGAACUGCUGCUGCUAUGUCCGUUGUCCCUGCUGUCCGCGCACUUGCUGCUGCCCAGAAGAAGCGGUGAUGCAGCACAAGAUGAUGCGUGAUGCUCAAAAAGCAAUGGUACCGUGGCUCCAUGGCCAGCCCAUCUAUGGCCCAGUUGCCUCAAAGGCAUCUUCUCAAGCGAACCCUUUACUGUAUUCAGGGUCUUUUUCAGAAACUCCAUCCAAGCACAACCUUCCCAUGGCCCCGAUGGUCAUUCAUCCUUCUCAACCUGUCCUCCCAUUCGUACCUCCCCAUGGAUACCAUUCAAACGGCAGCAUAAAUGGAAGUGGACGUGUUAAUAACCAGGUGUUAGAUUUUCUGGAGAACCAAGUAAGAGGGAUGGAUAUGGCUGCCCCAAUGCUUCAGCCUCAACAUUACUACACAGAAGUCCCGUUACAAAGCUUUCCUCAUCAAUAUGUGGCCUCACAACCCCAAUAUGCAACUCCACCAGCUCAACCCAUACCCCAAGCUAUGCCUUUAUCAGCCAGGCCGCCCAGUAUGUUCUCAGCCCUGGAUGAGAUGGGUGUCCAAGGUGUGGAGCGCAGGGUCAUCCAGCUGCCUCCCAUCAUGGGCCGAGCGAAACAGAGCUUUCGGCGGACCAAUGAUGGUGGAAGACAACGGCUAUCAAAUCAUUCCAGUGGUAGCUCAAACCGCAACGGUCAUCAUCGUGAUGAUUCCUGGAGGGAGCCGUCAUCUUCACGGAGAGGGACACAGAUACAGCGCAGCUACAGCGACGAAUCAGACUUGGACGACAGGCAUGGAGCGAGAGGUUCAUCAGGACGUAGGGGAGUUUCGGGUUCGGAUAGGUCUCAUCCACGUGUUCGCAGUAAAGCGGAGCUUCUGGAGGAGCUGGAGCACGCGACAAACCGCAGAGACAGGAGCUAUUCGCCUUCUCCACAUAGAGGCUCCUGGAGUUCAGACGAGGAGGACAGUUUUAGAAAACGGAAGCAAUCUCAAGGGAGAUUGUCUGAGAAACCACCAGCUUAUUCUACCAUUGAUAAUUUACCUGGCCACAGCAGGAGGAGUGACCACCUCUCAGAUAAAAGCUCUCACAGUGGUAUGACCGCUGUGAUCUGAGUCCCUUGCUUGUCCUUCAUUUCUAACUUGAUCUUUCAUUACUCACCAGUCACCACCUACAAGUGAAUGUCUUCUGGACUACUGUCAUUGGGACCAAUUGUGUACUUCAGCACAAUAAUUAAGCAGUAACCGCAAAUGGCCUGCAAAAGACCCCUGUAAUAUAGUAAAUACACUACAUCUUUUUCUACUUUUUAUUUUGUGUUUUAUUUCUACUUUUAGAUGUCAUUUUAUCAAUUGAAAAAAUGUGUACCUUUUCACUGUACUUUUUUUUUAUUAUUAACCACAGCAAGGUUUUUGGUAUUUAAAAUGUACAGUUUGUAGAUGACGUUAACAUUGAAGGGACUUCAGCUGAAGGUUUUACAUAAAGAACCUCUUUGGUUCAUCUAGGUUCUCUGUUUACUUUUAGUUUACCUAUGUUUGGAUAAGUUUUAAUGUUGAUUUGGUGGGUUUAUUUGUCUUUUCACAAUCCUUGGGAUGAUUUAGAUUUUUUUAUUUGAGUAUGUAUUACGAGUACAUAUGUAUUGUCAUUCUAACUCAUAACCAAAAGCUAUAUGAAUGGUACCAAAUCAAACAAAAACUAAAUCUUCUUAUUUCUCAUGUACUGAGAAUUUAUGUAAACACUGCCUGCAAUAAAGUAACCUUUUACAGUC